UCUACAGGAAGGAAGUCGCACGGAUUUCACCUGAUUCGAUCGAAAUGGGAUCCAUAUCCUUGGAUAAAAUCAGUUGAUAAAGGGAGUAGUGCUGAUGUAUCAGGAUUGAGAUCUGGCGAUUGUUUAUUGGAAAUCGAUGGCCGAGAUGUUUUGGGUUUAGAGAUGAAGGAUAUUGCAUAUUUAAUUGGAAAGAACGAUCGUGUGAAUCUAGGUCUUUGGCGUCGACCCCCAAAAUUAAAUUCGCAAGCAGUUAAUGAAACUCUGUUGGAUGGCCCGCUGCCGGAGGUAGCGCAAAAAUUGGUUAAAGCGGUGUCAGGUGUAGUGAAGGCACUGGAGUGCCCGGUGUGCUUGGACAGUGCAGCCCCACCAGUGUCUCAGUGUGUCCAUGGUCAUCUCCUUUGCUUCGGCUGCCGCUUAAAAACUACCCGCUGUCCCGUGUGCAGGGUGCGACUGGGGCAAGGACGCUGCCUCCUCGCCGAUAAGUCACAUCGGAUACUCACCGAGGCUCUAGUUAACGUGGAGCGUAGUGUGGUUGAGGAUGACCGGACCAAUGCCAUGCCUCGCUCUCUCCACGACAGCAUUUUUGGUCCACCGAGUCGCACGAAGAAGCGCAAAAGCUCGAUAGCGAGCCGCAAGACUAAAGACUUCGUGUCGAAGAUUUUCUCAUCGAGCAAGCAGGAUGAGAUGAGCGUGUCGACAGAAAGUCUGCCAACGACAAGUUGCGUUAUGGACGGAAACCUGUUGUACGGACGUAGGUGGCUGUUACGACUCUAUGACAGGAGGAAGUCGGCUAGCACGGGAGAGCUCAGCCGAGGUAACAGUCAUCACGACGAUGAUAGGGCAGUAAAUGGUUCCUUCACCGAACUCCAUAAUUACAGCCAAGAAACGGUGAAAUCCGGGUCGCUGCUUAGCGUACCACAGACUCCGAUGUGGGGUGGUUCCACAGAAUCCAUGACAACAGGGAGAUUAAAUUGUCCUUUUAAAGAACGCGCGGAGAAAUGUGGAGAGACCAUCAAUUAUCACACGUUAAUGGAGCAUUUGUCAUUUCAACAUUCUGGGCCUUUGAUACAUUUUUACAAGAAAACCAUCACUCUACCUGUUCCCUUGCCGUUCCAAGAGGAUGCUGUUUAUAUUUUGCAUCAUAAGGAUGAAAACUUUAUACUUCUGAAUGAAAAUAAUAAAAUUUGGAUAUCAAGCUCUGAAAUCAACUGUGCUCUUAAUUGGGAAUGGAUUGUACACGCAGUAUCUGAUGAUAAAGCUGAAGUUCAUUUACGACAAGAAAUUUAUAGUCUUCGAGAUUCGUUUGAGCUUUCAUCUCGUCACAUUGCAACAUUACCGAAAAAUAUUUCUAUAUCUUCGGUCACUAUUUCACUUAUCGAAUUAAAUUUAAAUGGAGGCACAUUAGAUUGUUUAUAA